UAUGUACCAUCAAUCCUGCAUCUGCUUGCCCCCGCCUCGCCUGCGUCAUCGUGGAUGAAGCGCUGGUGCUUCCCGCUGUUGAGGUUUUCCUUUUCAUCGCUCUCAUAGCCUCGCGCACGCCGGGAGCCACCGUCACAUAUAGCUCCCGUUGUUUUGUUUACGCGCCUCGCAUGACGGGACCGGCGCCUUUCACGGGCCCCAACCUCGACUCAUUACCUGGUCACCAUUGAUGAAGCCGUCGCGACGACAUGUCUUUCAAUGGUGGCUCAGCGCAGCGGCGCAAUAAUCCGUUUCAACGGAACUCGUCUCCCUCCCCCGGACCCGCGCCUGCGACCGUCGGCGGCGGCAGGCCAAAGUCGGCGCUUUUCUCGUCACCAGUCUUGCAGCCGUCAACUCCCACCCACAAACCGGCCUCCCAUGCGAGAUCUCAGUCUGGAAGCUCCUUUGGGCCGACCGUGGUCGCGCCUAGCAGUGGCCCUCGCCAUCACCGUGUCGACUCGAAGAACGGUACCCCGACGUCCAACACGUUUGCUCCCUCCUUCAUCAAGUCCGAGGACAUGAGGCGUAGCCAGGACGCCGUCAAGAGUAUCGAGGGAGAAAACGAUUUUUCUGGAAAGCGCUAUGUGUGGCUUAAGGAUCCCCAAAACGCGUUUGUCAAGGGCUGGGUAGUAGAAGACUUGGGGGGGAAUCGCCUCCGAGUCCAAACAGACGAUGGAACGCAGCGCGAGGUCGAUGCCGAGAGCAUCGACAAAGUCAACCCCGCCAAGUUCGACAAGGCAAACGAUAUGGCCGAAUUGACUCAUUUGAACGAGGCCUCCGUCGUCCACAACCUGCACAUGAGAUACCAAUCCGAUCUGAUAUACACCUACUCUGGCCUUUUUCUCGUCACCGUCAACCCAUACUGCCCGCUGCCAAUCUACACCAAUGAGUACAUCAACAUGUACCGGGGGCGCAGCCGCGAGGAUACCAAGCCGCACAUUUAUGCCAUGGCCGAUGAGGCCUUCCGAAACCUCGUCGAGGAGGGCCGGAACCAGAGCAUAUUGGUCACGGGCGAAUCCGGCGCAGGCAAAACGGAGAAUACGAAAAAGGUCAUACAGUACCUGGCCGCUGUCGCUCAAUCGGAUACUGCCACCAAAGGCAGGUCGCAGCAUGCAAAUCUUUCGCAGCAGAUCCUGCGGGCCAAUCCGAUAUUGGAGGCAUUCGGCAACGCUCAGACUGUUCGAAAUAACAACUCGUCUAGGUUCGGCAAAUUCAUCCGCAUCGAGUUCAAUCGCAAUGGCGCCAUCACGGGAGCUUUCAUCGAUUGGUACCUCCUUGAAAAGUCCAGAGUCGUCCGCAUCAACCCCCAUGAGCGAAACUACCACGUCUUCUACCAACUCCUCAAAGGCGCCGACGCCCGGGUCAAAAAAGAACUUCUCCUUGACCGGCUGGAUGUGGACGACUUUGCAUACACGCGAAGCGGCCAUGGAAGCAUCGUGGGCGUUUCAGACCAAGACGAGUGGGACACUCUCAUGGAGGCCUUUAAUGUCAUGGGCUUUUCCGAGAGUGAGCAGCUAUCCAUCCUCCGGACCGUUGCGGCUGUGCUCCACCUCGGGAACGUCGAGGUGGUCAAGGAGAGCCGAGCCGCUGACCAAGCUCGUCUCGCCCCUGAGUCGAAGGCCGAAGCCGCCAAGGUCUGCAAGCUCCUCGGUGUGCCUCUCGAACCCUUCCUGCAGGGCCUUCUUCAUCCCAAGGUCAAGGCGGGCAGAGAAUGGGUCGAAAAAGUUCAGACACCUGAGCAGGUGCGUCUUGGUCUGGAUGCCCUGUCUAAAGGCAUCUACGAACGUGGCUUUGGUGACCUUGUGACGCGCAUCAACCGGCAGCUGGACCGGACCGGCAUGGGUCUGGACGAUGCGCACUUCAUCGGUGUCCUCGACAUCGCAGGCUUCGAGAUCUUCGAGGAGAAUAGCUUCGAGCAGCUCUGCAUCAACUACACCAAUGAGAAGCUGCAACAAUUCUUCAACCACCACAUGUUUGUUCUCGAGCAAGAGGAGUACGCGAGGGAGCAGAUUGAGUGGCAGUUUAUUGACUUUGGUCGUGACCUGCAGCCCACUAUCGACCUCAUUGAACUGCCAAACCCAAUCGGCAUUUUCUCGUGUCUCGACGAAGACUGCGUCAUGCCCAAGGCAACAGACAAAUCCUUUACUGAGAAGCUCAACUCGCUUUGGGACAAGAAGUCAACCAAGUACCGUCCCUCUCGGCUGGGACAAGGCUUCAUCCUCACGCACUACGCCGCAGAGGUAGAGUACUCCACGGAGAACUGGCUAGAGAAGAACAAGGACCCGUUGAAUGAUAAUAUUACCCGGCUCCUCGCCUCUUCUACCGACAAGCACAUCGCCACACUCUUUGCUGAUUGCGCAGAUGUCGAAGAGGAGAUGGGUGGAGCCAGAAGCCGCGUGAAGAAAGGCCUCUUCCGCACGGUGGCCCAGCGACACAAGGAGCAACUUCACAACCUUAUGGCGCAGCUACACUCUACCCACCCUCACUUCGUGCGAUGCAUUCUACCCAACCACAAGAAGCGGCCGAAGCAAUUCAACAGUCUGCUGGUGCUCGAUCAGCUCCGCUGCAACGGCGUGCUCGAAGGCAUCCGCAUCGCGCGGACUGGGUUUCCCAAUAGACUGCCAUUUGCCGAGUUUCGCCAGCGAUACGAGGUGCUGUGCUCCAACAUGCCCAAGGGCUACCUCGAGGGCCAGGCCGCUGCUUCCAUCAUGCUGGAGAAGUUGGGCCUCGACAAGGCGCUGUAUCGUGUUGGCUUAACCAAGGUCUUCUUCAGGUCAGGCGUGCUUGCCGAGUUGGAGGAGCAGCGAGACGCGUUGAUCACCGAAAUCAUGGCACGCUUCCAGUCUGUGGCCCGGGGGUUCGUCCAAAGGCGAGCUGCAUACAAGAGGCUAUUCCGUACCGAGGCGACGCAUAUCAUUCAGCGAAACUUCCACGUCUACUUGGACCUGGUGGAAAACCCCUGGUGGCAGCUCAUUGUCAAGAUGAAGCCGCUCCUUGGCGCCACCCGAACCGCCACAGAAGUCAAAAAGCGAGACGCGAUGAUCAAAGACCUGAAUGACAAGAUGCGGCUCGAGCUGAGCAACAGGCAGAGACUGGAAGACGAGCGGAGAAACUGCCACGCUGAGUUGACGCGGAUUCAGCAAACGCUCGAGAGUGAACGCGCCUUAGCCCUGGACAAGGAGGAGAUAUUCAAGCGACUGCAAACCCGCGAGGCUGAGCUGGAAGAGAAGCUUGCUGGCGCAAUUGAGGAUCAAGAGCGACUGGAAGAUCAACUUGACGAGCUCAUGAAGGCAAAAAAUCGGGCUGAAUGUGACGUUGAAAAGUUUCGCUCGCAACUCGAGCAGGCCGCAACUCUUAUCGCGAAACUCGAAGAGGAAAAGAGUCACCUUGCGGCUAAAGCCGCUGAGCUCGAUAAAGCCAUGGAAGAGGUCUCGCAACGACAAUCCGAGCGAAGCGAAAAGGAGGCGGCGCUCGAGGAUGAGAUUAAGGUGCUACAGAGUCAAUUAGCUCUCAAAGACAGAAAGACGCACGACCUCGAAACGAAGCUCUUGAAAGUCGACCAGGAUCUCGAGGUCAAAUUGCACACCACUCGCAAAGAGCUUGACUCGACCAAGCUUCGCGAAACGCGGCUCUCUCAGGAAAACCGGAAUAUCCAGCAACAACUCUCUCAGCUGUCAAAGACCUCGACUGACUACGAAGACCUUGUGCGCAGUAAAGAGAGCGAACUGGCUCUACUGCGUAGCGACAAGAGAAAGUUCGAGGACGAGCGACGCGCACUGAACGAUCAGAAGAAGGCCCUGGCCAGUGAAAAGGACAGGAUCGCAAGCAAAUUCCGGGACGUUCAAGCCGAACUCGACGCCACGAAGUCCAAACAGACACAAUUAGAAAAGGAGGCUGCUGAGGCCAAGGCUCUGCUCGAAGCCCGGCUCUCGGAAGACGCGCAAGCAGACCAGAGCCGCAAUCAACUUGAGAAUCAGAUCCAAGCACUCAAGCAGGAGCUUUAUGAUACUCAGAAGGACUUGAGCAGAGAACGACAAUCACGUGAUGACGUGCAGUUGCUCAGUGAGCACAAGUAUCAGGCCCUCAAAGAGGAAUUUGACACCCUUAACGAGUCCAAGAUCAUUAUUGAGAAGGAGCUCUACGCGCAACAAGAUACGCUGAGGCGCAUCAUGGAAGCACGCACGGCAGUUGAGAAGGAGCGGGACGAAGCUCGUGACGAAAUUCGCCGCUUACGAGCAGCCAAGUCUCAGGCAGAGGAGGCGCGUCAACAGGCUGAGCUCGCCGGAGAGCGACAGGCUUCCAGGGCCGCGCGCGAGCGGGAGGACAGCCUUCGCAGGGACCUUGACGCGGCCCAGGAGCGCCUGCGCUGGUACGAGGAGGAGUGCGGCAAACUCAAUCACCAGAUCGAGGACCUCAACAAACUCAUCCUUUCCUCGGGAGAGUUUGGUCUCAAGAACGAUCAAGCCAAGGAAAGAAUGGAGCGCGAACUCACCACCGUCAGGAGCCGGCUGGCAGCCUCCGAGAAUGACAACCGUGCCCUCCUCAACAAGCUUCAGCAGAAGGGGCUGGAGAUUGCCAGGUCGACUUCUCGGGCUAAUGAGGCUUCGCGCGGCCAGAUUGUGUCUCUGCAACGGGAGAAGACGAGGCUGGAGGAGCAAAACGCCAGGCUCAACAAGCAGCUGGGUGAUGCUCAGGUCGCCAUUGCGUCGCUCGAGAAGAAAACCGAAAAGCUCCAGCUCAACCUCGAAGACCUCAACCACGAGGUGGCCCGGGAAGUGCAAUCUAGUAGGAAUGCAGAAAAGGCCUCGUCCAAUGUCACAGUCCAGCUCGCCGAGGCAAACCGAACGAUCGACUCGGAGCGUCAGCUUCGAACUCAAGCCCAAGCUACGGUACGAACGCUACAGGCCUCGGUCGACUCUCGCGAUAGGGAGUUGGAGGACCUCCGGGGUCAGAUUCUGGCGGCAUUGAAGACGGUCGAUCCCGAAGUUCACAUCCCGCCGCCCUCCGAUGACAGCAAGCAAAAGGCAUUCUUGCAAAACUUCGACCUUGUGCGCAAGGUGGAGGAGCUGCAACAGAACCUCCGCGUUCAGACUGCAGCCAGAGCUAAUGCAGAAACCCAGCUCGCCGAUUUACGUGCCACUCGCAACGAUACUCCGAGCCGACCCAAGUUGGAGGAGAUUAAUCUUAACGAGGCUCCGUUCAACGGGUCUCCAACCCAGCGGCGAACCGUCAGGAUCAACAACCGCAGGCCGUCCAAUACGUCGACGCCGACUCGGCGCAUUCCGGAGGCAGAUCCUCACGAGUCUGCCAAGUCAGACAAGACAGCCGACACCGUUGCGGUGAACAACCGCAUGGACCUCAAGGCCGAAGUUGAAGAGCUCCAGAACCAGCUUCAACUGGCGCAGAUGCAAAAUCGACACCUCCAGAGCCAGCUUGACCGGGGCACCCCGGCCCCAGAGCCGGAUCAGAGCCCGUCUCUCCGUCGGAUGCAGAAGCUGGAGAAGGUCAACAGCCGUCUGCACGAUAUGCUGGACGAUUCGGCGAAGAAGGUAAGCGCAUUGGAGAAGUCGAUUCGAACCGGUGAACUAUCGCUCCGGGAUGUCCAAGCCCGUUCACACGAGGAAAUCCUGGACGUGCUCUACAAUCAGGAAGAAUCGCGCCGGUCUCUCCUGCACAGCCAUAAGGACGCUGUGGCAGAGUUGACUGACGUCAAGUCGCACUUCGACAAGAUGCGCCACGAACGGGCGAAGCUCGAGGUGGAGCUGCGCGACACGAAGUCUGAUUUGCAGGAGAUGACGGUGGCGCGCGAGCAAGAGUCUCAGAACAGAAGCCAGCUCCUGCAGGAGUACACGGACCUUCAAAUUCGCCUGGACGCCGAGUCAUCCAAGCUUGCCGAUGUCAUGUCGAGCCUCGACAUGUACAAGAGCCGAGCGGACGAGUACUUUGGCAAGCUUGAGCAGGCGGAGAUUGCCGUCCUCAAGGCGAGCCGAGCGGAACAGUUUGCCAAGUCUCAGGCGAAAGAGGCCGACAACACGUACGCCGAGGUCAUGGCGGAACGACAGAAGAUGAACGCCACCAUUGAGGAUCUUCAGCGCCAGAACCAAAGCCUGGAGGAGAGGGUCGAAGACAUCUCCACCGACCUUGAGUCCGUCACGCAGGCCAAGAGGAGGCUGCAGCACGAGCUGGAGGACUACCGGAACCAGCGAGCCAUGGACAUAGAAGACAAGGAAUCCAGCAUGGAGCAGACGCGCAAAAAGUACCAAGCCGAGUUUGCCACGCUUACGAAGGAACUGGACCUGGCCCGGGAGGAGAAGCUGUACAAGCAGUCGGAAAUUGCUAGGCUCCGCGAGGAGCUCGACGAGUUGCGGUCGAAAUGGGACGACGAGGUGCUCAACAGUUCGACCUGGUCGAAAGAAAAGUCGCGUCUGGAGGCGACGCUCGCGGACGUUGCAUCCUCGCGAGACGAGGCGGUCAACGCCCACAACGAUGCUCAAGGCAAAGUGGUCUCGCUGCUCUCUCAGGUGCGCGCGUUGCGGUCCUCGGUCGACGAGAUCACGUCGGAACGCGACAUCCUGCUGCGGGAGAAACGGGGUGUCGAGGCCCGCCUCGAAGAGGCCAAGGCCGGUCUGGAGGAGCUGGCCAAGGGUGAGAACCCAUCGCUUCGAGACGCUGCGAGCAUAGACAAGGAGUUGCUUGAUCUCAAGUCCAGCCUAGCCCACCAAGAGGACAUUGCGGCGGCGGCGGUCGAGAAGAUGCGACGCGCCGAAUCGCUCGUCUCCGAGAUGCAAAGGGACAUUGCCGCGGAGCGGGAGGCGAGCACCAGCGCUCAGAGGCAAAAGGUGUCACUGGAGAAGAGCCUGAACGAGGCGCAGCUCAAGCUUGUGGACCUCGAGACAAAGGGGUACUCGAGCGCCAGCCAGGACAUCAAGUUCCUUCACAAGCGCAUACAAGAGCUCGAGUCGCAGCUGGAGGACCAGGAGUCGGAGCGGACCAAGUCGCAACGGUCGGUUCGCAACGUGGACCGGGUGGUCAAGGACCUGCAGGGCCAGGUCGAGCGCAAGGAGAAGCAGAACACGCAGCUGUCCGACGACGUGAACCGGAUGCGCGACAAGGUGGACAAGCUCCUCAAGACGAUUGACGAGCUGCAGGCGUCCGAGUCGACAAACCAGCUGUCGGCGCGUCGCGCGGAGCGCGAGCUCCGGGAGGAGAAGGAAAAGACGCUGCGGCUGGAGCGCGAGCUGGAGGGGUGGAAGGGACUGCGGGUGGAGAAGGGGUCCGCAAGCUCGGUGGGCAGCCUCCGCAGCAGGAUGGGUCCGUGGAAGGGGAGCGAAGGCGACGCGGGAUCGACCGCGGACGUGCCAGAGAGGAAGAGCAGUCUGGGCAGGAUGCCCAGCCUCACCAAGGGCUUCAUCUAAUGUGGGAAGUGCACGGUCGACGGCGUUUGGCAGGCUGUAGUGCUGCGGUCUGGUUUCAGGAUUUGUAUAGCAACGGCAUUGGGGCAUGGUCAUUGCAGGCGGGCGGGACAGGAUAUUUUAUGAGUUGCGUUGUUUUAUGCUCAAGGCAGUUGACUGCCAUAAAGUCUAGCGACUAUGGUUUCUGAAAUGAUUUACGCUGAAGAUAGGGUGCAUGUUGUCUUGUAGAC